CUUAGACUCGUGUGUCGAGUCAAAGGGUGUUUUCAGAGAUUAUGCGCAAUCAAGUAUCAGCCUCACAGCAAAGGGGCCAGAAACUGUACCAGAAGGGGGACUUUAAGGGCGCGAUUGUGGCCUUUGGAGAGGCAUUGCGACAGCCCAAUGUGGAUACCAUUGGCAUUUUGGACAACAGAUGUGCUACGUACUGCAAGCUAGAGCAGUAUGACUUGGCACGUCGUGAUGCGAAGCAAAUGAUCAAAACGUCCAAGGAUGAUGAACGAGGAUACAUGCGAUGUGGCAAAGUGCUUCUGCUUGAGGGCAAGCCAGAAAAAGCCCAGGAGAUCUACGCCUAUGGCUUGAAGAUGCUCCCGAGUGAGCAUCCACGGCGAGGGAUGCUGGAGCAAUUACACAAGAAAUUGGAGGAUCGCAUGCUCUUAAACCGACAUGAUCCCUUUACUAUGCUGCCGCUCGAGAUUGCGGUACUAAUCAUCCAGCAAUUUUCAUUCAAGCAGAUUGUAGGGAUAUUACGUGUCUGCAAAGACUGGGAGCGAUUUUUCGGCUCCAUGACAAAUCUGUGGAUGCACAUCGACCUCACUGGAGCUCGUGGAAAAGUCCCCUGGACUGCAGUCAGGUCUUACAUUCGCCGUUCCAAGGCAAUGCUUACACAUGCCACUAUCAAAAACCUAUCUCCAGCGUCAACGCCCAAGACAUUGGAGUUCCUAAGUCGCUGUCCCCGACUUGAACAUCUCGAGCUCUGGGUUUCCCACGACUGCAAGGACUUUUACCAGAGAUUCAAAGGCAGCAAGAAGCUGAAAAGUCUUGUCCUUUCAGCGGACAUACUUGUUACUCAUGAGUAUUUUGGCAGGUUGAUGACAGAUCUGCCAAAGCUUGAGCGCAUCGCGCUAUGGAACCUGACGAGUUCAAACAUAGCCUUCUACGGUCCCAGUCAGUGGCCGAAAUGUCUUCCUAAUUUGAAAUGCAUCACGCUAGCCUCGCGGCAGAGCGCGCGCCAGCAAAAUUCACAUGAUAUCCCUGUGUUAUCUGUGCCGGGGCUGCUAGAGAACCGCGAAUCUCCUAUGUUCCCAAACUUGAAAGAAUUACGCCUUGACUAUGACCCAGAGGCUCACCGCAUAUACACCUUUCCUGAUAGCGCAGACCGACAUCUUCCACCUCUUCGCCGGCUCGAACUCCGUGGGAAAACGAUCGAGCAAGACUUCUGCGCCAUUCUUCCGAACACCAUCGAAUACCUCCAUGUCCAAGGUGGAUCAGCGAGACGACCUACAUUCCUAGAACUUCGAGAAGGAACGCUCCCGAAUCUACACACCCUCAUUUUCAUAGACACGGGAUUUAUUUCACCCCAAACCCUCCCCGUCUUCCUCAACGACGCCCAGGCUACAGUUCGAACCCUCUACCUGAACGAAUGCUUCAACCUCAAGAUCUACGAUCUCUUCGACAUGAUCCAGAACACAGAGGUGCCAAACCCCGAGUUAGAGAAGAUGACGGAACUGAGCGUGACCCAUAUGCGUGGCGUGGAUGAUGUCGCAGCGCGUCGUAUCUUCACAUUGCUCCUUGAGUUGAAAGUACUCAACCUGUCCUACACGCAGAUCACGGGUGUGACUAUUCGACUUUUUGCUGAUGCCCGGACUUCUGAGUCUCGGGAGGGGGCUAGGCUUGAUCGGUUGGUUGUGAGGGGGUGUGAGGGUGUGUCUUCGGAUGCUGUUGCGUAUGGGCGGGAGAGGGGGUUGGAGGUUAUUACUUGA